GAGUGCGAAAGAACCAACAGGUUUUUCAGAUAGCAGAUUACAAUGAGCCAUCGGAUGCAAAAUUACAAUCGUGUAUUAACUGUAUACAAGAGAUGAUGCUGUUGGACGUUACACGAUGGUGUUGGCGCGUAUUUUGAUUUUUUAGCUGCGUAUUGCAAACAGGCGCGUCCCAACGAGCCUGUACUGCUGCUCGCCUGCUUCGCUCGUUGCCACCGACUUCUCGAGCAGAGGGAAAAAUCUCCGACGACGUCGCAGCCAAAAUGGAAGAGCAGAGCGUCCACAGCAGUACCAGCGAUAUAAAUAGUGAGGAGGCCAAGACUGAAUAUUUAAUUAUACCUCGUAAAAAGAGGAUAUGCCUUGUUGGUGCAGCUGGCGAGGAUCCUGCACUGGGCGCUGCAGCUCAACAGUUCAGUGUUCCAGUUCUUAAAUCUGAGACUGGUAUAGAAUGCUUAGAAGACACAACUUAUUGCACUUAUUUUAUACUCAAAAAAUUUGAAGGAACUGAAUAUGAUGUACUGUACAAAAGUGCACACAGGAUUUUGGGGCCAACAGCCUUGUUGCAGUUGGCAGAGAAGAAGGAAUCGUUACCUAGUAUAAAUCGACCAAUGUAUACACAAACUUUGUUAGGGACAGUGGUUGUAUUUACUGGCUUCAGAAAAAAGGAUGAAUUGACAAAACUUGUCAAUAUGAUUCAUUUCAUGGGUGGCAGCAUUAGAAAAGAAAUGGGCUCAAAGGUUACGCAUCUCAUUGCAAAUUGUUGUGGUGGUGAGAAAUAUAGAUACGCAGUUACAUUUAGAGUACCUAUUAUGUCUAUGAAUUGGGUUACUGCCCUUUGGGAUAUGAGGAAUAAUAUUUCUAAUAUUAGAAAUAACGAUGAGUGGAUUGCUACUUUCAAAUUAAAACCAUUUGUUGGUGCCCGUGUUUGUUUUUUUGGCUUUCCAGAAGAUGAGAAGAGACAUAUGUGCGAAGUGUUACAACAGCAAGGAGGAGAACCUACUGAGAUAGUUGAUCCAAAUUGUACCCAUGUGGUGACAGAUUUGGGUAAACGUCGUCAUAGGAUAACUGACAGUGCGAAAAAAUCGCUACACUACUUUAAGUUACCUUAUGACACUCUGCAUUUCGAGUUUACUCUUGCUAAUGUUCAUAAGCUUUUGCCAUAUUCCUUCGCCUACUAUAAUCCUUAUACCAUCACCAUUCCGUCACCCACCAAAUCAGUAUUUGCAUCCCAUUUAUUCCGCAUUAGUAAGCAUAAGUAUCGGCAUAAUAGUAAAGUGAUGUCUCAAAAGACGAGCUCAAGCCAAGACUCAGCAAUCUGUAUGGACUUCUCCAAUAAUUUAAUGAGUUCCUCUAACAAGUGUGUGACAAUGUCAUUCCGAAAAAUAGAUGAGGAGAACGAAGGAAAUAAAUGUCAACCGUAUAAGUCUGGCUGUCUGAAAGAAUUUUCGGAUAAUAUAUCGAAUAAGCCAGGUGUAAUGGAGGUUGAUUCCGAAGAAGAUGUGAACAAAGUACAUAGAACAAAAAUUAUGAGACAUGAGUUAGGAUUAGAUUAUGAGAAGUCUGGCAAUAUUUUUAGUGCAUCGAUGAGUUCCCGAUCCUGUUCACUCGUUACAUUUUCGAGCAUCAAGAAAGUGGCAAUGCCACGGCGCUAUAUCAAGUGGAAGAAAUCAUCUUCCUAUAGUGCAAUGUCCAAGCAGGUUUCAGUUUAUAAUUGCAGCGAACCUAAACUUCGCUCACAUAAGAGCAAGCGUCAUGACUACCAAUACAGUGUAAUAUUUCCCAAUGAUACUGUUGAUACGACUGCUAGUGACAAAAAAAAAACGCGUAAAAGCUCAAGAACUUUCUCGAAGGCUUUGAAACAAAGUUCAGCACUGUUCUCAAAAAUAAGUGAGAUCGUUUUUCCUUCUACCUUCAAACAAUAUAUGCCGGUGACACCUUAUAGAGUGAGCCAGCAUGGACGCAAAGAAGAUGAGAGCAUUACCCGACAGAAGUAUACACCAUUGCAAAGCCCUCUGCCAAUACCAGCAAAGAUGGCCAGGUUGAGUUCGGGUUCAGAGUGCAGAGUGAUGAGAAUGCCACAUGAACAGCACAACUACUCUCAGACUCAAUGCGGGUCACUAUCAAAUAUGCAUGUGCAACGAUUUUGCGGAACGAAUUGCAAAAAGGAUGUUAAGCAGACACAGAAGUCGUUUUUAGUGGUUGUGGAUGAAUCCAAUGUUAAUGCGUUACCUGAUUUAGCAUCUGCAAGAGCACAUAUAGUUAAGGCUGAAUGGUUUUGGAUUUCUGUACAAAAAGAAUUUGCAGCUGAUGAAAAAGAGUACUUGUUUGAAGAUUAUUUGGAAUCAGUUAUGUCACCAUCUACUUCAACACGGCGGGAUAGUCAAGCGGCCACACCGACUACGGCAUCCACAAGACGAAAACGUAAAAGACUGGCGGAGACGCUCUCGAGUUUAGUACAGAAUGGUGCAGAUUCACCGGCAUUGCAUAAGAGACGAUCGAGUAUAAGUGACGCUGGACACUUGAGCGUCAGUGGUAGCUUUUUAGAUUGCACCGCAAGCCCAGAUAAACAAUUGUUAGAUGAUAUUCCAGAGGUAGAAGCUGUAAAUACAGAAUCUACUAGAAAAAACCUUUCUCCCCGGCAUCAAGUUUUCUUGGAGCUUGUGCAGACAGAGUCAAAUUAUGUUGGCAUUCUCAGUACCAUCAUGACUCUAUUCAAAUCACCUUUAGAAGAUCUUAUAGAAAACAGUGGAGAAUUAUUAAAUAGCACAGAAGCAAAAAUAAUUUUUGGUAAUUUUCCACCAAUCUAUGAAGUGCAUAAAAAAAUGCUUGAAGAGCUGCGUUACUGUGCGGCUCAUUGGUCCGAAGAAAAUAGUAUAGGAAAUAUCUUUCUUAAAUUUGCAUCGGAUUUGGUAAAGGCGUAUCCUCCUUAUGUAAAUUUUUUCGAAAAUACAAAGGAAAUGCUGGAUCAAUGUGAUCAAAACAAACCGCGAUUUCAUGCUUUUCUUAAAAUAUGUCAGACUAAGCCUGAGUGCGGUAGACAAAGUUUAAAGGAAUUAUUGAUAAAGCCAGUGCAACGCCUUCCCAGUAUUAGUUUAUUAUUAAAUGAUAUUCUUAAGCAUACAAAUAAAAGUAAUACAGAUCAUAGUGCCUUGGAAAAAUCGUUAAGUAGCAUUAAGGAAGUUAUGACGUAUAUCAACGAAGAUAAACGAAAGACUGAAGGUCAGCUAGCAAUGUUUGAUAUAUUUAAUGAAAUCGAUAAUUGUCCACCACAUCUGGUAUCCUCGCAUCGUUCGUUUAUUGGAAAGUGUGAUGUACAAGAAUUAAGUGAAGGACUAAGUGGUCGUGGUGACCAUUUAGUUCUCUUCUUGUUUACGGAUACGCUAGAAAUAUGCAAAAAGCGAUCAAAAGCGUUCAACUCUAUGAAGAGCCCAAAUACAGUUAAUGGACUGCAUUCUGUUAAAAUGAGUCAAGGAAAACCUUAUAAGCAUAUCAAAAUGUUAUCAUUAAGUACAGUAAAGAAGGUUGUUGAUAUUCGAGAAACAGAUGAAUGUCGAAAUGUUUUUGCUUUAAUGGUUCGAAGUAAUCAAGAAUUGAAAGAAAAAUUAUAUUCUUUCACAAUUACUGACGAGGAGGUGAAUAAAACAAAUUAUUUACGUUCUUUGUGUCGACAAAUGGCCAAUACUGUUUGUAAAGCUGAUGCAGAUACAUUUCUAAUUAGUCUCGACUCCCAUCAGUUAGAAAUUGAUACUAGUGAUGUAGCCUUAGGAACUUUAAGUAAAGCAUUUAAGAGCCUAUUUCAUAAUUUUUACCUGGAGUAUAUGGACCCAUUUGCAUCGCGUACAAGGAUGAAGGUCGGCCGAGCGUUCAGUUUCAAUAAGACGCCAAGUAAGCUAAAACGUGCCAUGUCGACAAUGAUGUCGCCUUUUGGUUCGACAAACAGCCUAACUCCGGCAAGCCAGCAGCUGGCCCAAAUGAGGCUUGCCAGCUGCAAUAACAUUAACGAACUGGGCAACGGUGGUUCAGGUUCACCGUCACGAGACGAGGUUCUCGUUGCACCUAUGUCGGUCCAGCCGACUCGCAAGGCUAAAUGCAGUACCCUCAGUAUGGCCUCGCUUCGAAGGUUGUAAUACGUAGAAACAUGUAUAAAAAAAUGAUCAAACAAUCUUAUGCGUUCAUCCAGUCCCAAAUAUUGCCGUUACAAGAACGCGUACAUGUACAUAUGCGUGUGUUUAUUUCAUCUGCUGCUUCAUCGACUUCUGUCACAUGUUGAAUAUGUUACCUAACCCACAUAAUUAACAUUCGCAUACGUCAUCGUUACAUCUAUGUACACAAUAAUACACUUUUUCAUUAUAUUUUCAAUAACCAGAUGGCAAAAACUAUUUAUUUUAUCUAGAAUUCAUUAAAAAUAUAAUCUCGUCAAGAUUGUACCAUUGCAUUGAAAAAGAAUUUUUGUCGUUUUAUUGUCUUUUGGAUUAUAGAUGAUGGAAUACAUUGUUGACUUGUUAUUGUCUUCUGGUUUCGUUGUUUUAUAAAUUAUAUUUUAUGAUUAUUGUUUUACUCGUGAAGAGACAGUAUGCAUGAUGGGCUAUAAG